AUGAGCUCACUGUCUGAGACAAUGCUUCCUCCGGGUACUGUGCACCUGGUUGGCAAACAGUUCGACAAGAUUAUUCUGGUUCCGAGGCCUUCAGCAGACCCGGAUGACCCAUUGAAUUGGUCCAAGAGACGCAAAUUGUUAAAUAUCAGCUUGAUCUUGUUCUAUGUGUUCACGACUGGUAUUGGUGGGACCUCAGUUUACUCGGUAUUUACUCCAAUUUCGGACGAAACAGGCAUGAGCAUAGCUCAACUCAACACGGGCACCGGAUUCCUGUUUCUUAUGGCGGGAUGGACGAAUAUCAUUUGGCAGCCUCUGGCGCUAACAUUCGGUCGACGGCCGAUCAUAUUGUUAAGCUUGCUCGGUUGUGUCGCUGUGUCUGAAUGGACAGCUUGGAUCAGUCAAUAUUCUUCAUGGGCCGCCGCGAGAUGUCUGUAUGGCCUUGUCUGCGCUCCUGUCGAAGUCUUGCCGCAGAUUUGUAUCCCAGAUGUUUUCUUCGCCCACGAACGGGGCACCUACAUUGGAUGGUAUAUGCUUGUUCUGUGUGGCAGCAAUUUUAUUGCCCCGCUCAUUGCAGGGUUUAUGAACGACGCUUAUGGAUGGCACUGGGUGCAGCACUGGUCAGCUUUGGUUCUGGCGCUGAAUUUUGUGCUUGCAUUCUUUUUCUACGAGGAAUCGAUGUACAUGCGAGAAAGCGUGGAGGCUGAGAAUGAGGGUGAUACCUCUGACACCCGCGACCUAUCAUCUUCUUCGCCUUCCACAGGCGUGAUACCCGAACCCGUCGCGAGACAAAAGAAGACCUUCUGGCAAAAAAUGAAAUUAUGGUCUUAUAGCCAUAAUUCUGUGUCACAAGUAGUCCGAAUGGGUUAUCGGCCUAUUUUUAUUUUCUUCCUCUUCCCUAAUAUCAUGUGGGCUGGCUUUAUGUACGGAUUUGCAUUAGCUUGGUACAACGUCUACAACGCUACUACUUCGUCUAUCCUUUCGGCAUCACCUUAUAACUUCUCCCCUGCUAUCGUUGGUCUCUCAUAUGUUGCGCCGUUGAUUGGUGCCGGUAUCGCCGGUAUAGUCUCGGGGCCUGUUGCCGAUUGGUUGACACUAAAAUUGGCAUCACGCUCCAAGGGUCUCCGUGAGCCUGAGCAACGGCUUUGGGGACUAAUAGUUUAUUGCAUUUUAAUGCCUGCGGGUCUUUUGAUCUGGGGCGUGGGUGCCUAUCACCAAAUUCCUUGGCCAGUUGUUCUUCUCGGGGGAGGUCUCUGUGGUUACUGCAAUGUCACUGGCGGCAGCUACGCGCUUGCUUAUGCUGUUGAUUGUUUCAAGGAGCUUUCCGGGGAAACUAUUGUUUCGGUGAUAUUAUGCCGAAAUACAAUCAGCUUUGCUUUUAGUUAUGCUAUUACCCCCUGGAUUGACGCCCAAGGGCUGCAAAGGACAUUCAUUGCCGUUGCCGUCCUAUCAUGGGGUUUCGGCAUGAGCUUUCUGCUCAUGGAAUGGAAGGGCAAACAGCUGCGAGCGAUGUCGGCGGACAGAUAUUGGAAAUAUGUUGAGACACAGGUUGUGAGACACACUUGA